CAUUGUGUUUUUCGUCGUCAGUCGUGUAAGAUCAGAACUCUCACAAAAUUACAGUGAGUUACAUAGUAUUUCUAUAAAAAUUUGUAUAAAAAUUAUUCCGAGUAAACGAUGCAGUCCCAAAAUAAAUUACGCAAUUGUUUGAUCAAUAUAACGCCCUGCGUGCAGCAAAUGUGUUCCUAUAGCAUUAGACGCAAUUUACUGGCUAUGCCGAACGUGUCCGCCCAAAAGUAUGGGGAGUCUGAAAUCGCCGAAAAGAAGGCGGUGGAGACGACAACGAGAUGUGGGCGUGGUCCACUAGCGGGCGACCGCCUUCCAACAGCCGUAAGUCUGGUCAGUCGAAGUGUUUCGAUCUCUGCGAGGAACGAGGUGAAAACGGCCUUCAUUCGGUAUGGAAAGUCUAUGACCGAUUUGGCCAGGAGUGCCCAGAAGCUAUAUAAGAGUGCCCGGUUAAGGAACGCGCCCGUACAGCAGCCCAUGCUCGGAAAAAUCAAUGUCGCUGGUGCUAGACCCCUAAGAGUGCCGGAGCCCAGUGCUUUCGCGAUAACCGAGCGGCUUACCAAGCUGUUUUUCCGUGACCCCUGGGAUAAUCCCUCUGAAAAAUAGCGGGCUGAACAAGAAACAUGACUUCCAUAUCUGAGGAGGUGGUUUUAUGCAAGGAAAUGCGUGUGUUUUUGUUUUAUCCAAAUAUAUAUUUUUUAAAAAUUGUA